AUGAUAUAAUAGAAAAACUAAAUUUUCACACAGAAAUAGAAGACUUAUUGUUUAGAGAAUUUAAUUGGAAGGGGAACAGGUGGAUAAGUUUACAAGGCCUAACUUUUAGGGUAAAUGAACUAUGUGGCCUUAAAAAUAUAACCUUAUUUAGAGCCUUCAGAAAGAAAAACUCUAAAUACUCUUAAUCAAAAAUAGUUGGAGCAUAUUGUUAAUAUUUUGGACUUGGAUUAAUAUAAUAAUUAUACUGUAAUUGUAAUGGAUUUAGCUGAUGGAUCCUUUGAAGAAUUUUGGUAAAGUCAAAAAAUAUUUGAUAUAGAAGAAAUUCUUAAAUACUUCAUUUAAGUAUCAUUUAAAUAUUUAUAUAUUUAAGAUAGUAAAAGGGACACUUGAAUUACAUAAAUUGAACUUAAUUCAUAGAGAUAUAAAAUUAGAUAAUGUUGUUUAUAUGAAUCAAAAUGGUGGAAAACUCUUAAAAUUGUGUGAUACUGGAUUAAUGAGAGAAUAAGAUGGAAGAAAAACAGUUAAAGUAGGAACACCUUAUUAUAUGGCACCAGAAUAAAUCGAUUAAUCAAUUUAUGAUGAAAAAAUUGAUAUUUGGGCUUUGGGUAUGAUAUUAUUUGAAAUGAUAUUUAAGUAGACUAUGGUUUCAGGUAUAUAAAUUAACUUAUUCUUAAGGAAAUUCUAUACAUGAAGUAUUAAGUAAUAUAUUAAGACUAAACCAAAAUAAUAUUGAUAAUAGAAUUAAUUAAUUAUUCAUUUAAAAAUAAGAGUAUGCGAAUGAUGUCAGACUAUUAUUAAAAGAAAUGAUAAAAAUAGAUAAAACAUCAAGAGUAAGUGCAGAAUAUGUUUUAUAAAAAUUGUAGAAAAUCUUAAAAAUUGAUCAAUAAUAUUAAAUGCAAAAUAGCAAAUAAAUUGAUGAAUUAAAGGAAAAAAUUAGAUUAGAGAUUUAAUAAGAGUAUGAAAUAAAAAAUAUUUAAGAGCUUGAAAAAGUAAAAAAUUAACACAUAUUAGAAUUGGAGUAAAUAAAGUCUGAAAUCAAAGAAUAUUAGUAACAAUAUUAUUAAUAACAAAUUUUAAAGAUUUAAAAUGAGUAUGAAGAGAAAUUUAGAACUUAAAAAAAUUAAGAAAUUAUAAAUUUAGACUAAAAAUAUUAAAAAGAAAUACAGAACAAUUAAUUAAAUAAUAUAGAACUUGAUUAACUUAAAAAGAGAUAUGAAAUAGAAAAAACUAAUUUUUAAUAAUAAAUAGAAUAAUAAUACUAAUAAAUGAUUGAAUAAGAAACUUAAAAAAUUAAACAAUAACAAGAAAAUGAAAUGAAAAAUUAAUUAUAAAAUAGAGAAUUAGCUAUGAAAAUAUAACUGUAAGAAUAGUUAAAAAAACAGUAUUAAGAAUAAUUUGAAAAUAAAAAUACAAAACUUUUAGAAUUUAAUAAACUAUUGACAAAAAUCGAAUCAAAUUUAAAUGUAAAUUAAAAGAAUCUAUAAUAUUAACUAUAGCAAUUAUAAAUACAAUAGUAAUCAAAUUCUUCCUAAAAUUAUAAGAUUUUUAUUGAUGAAUUUAAAAAAUAAUUAAAAUAAAAGCUAAAUGAAAUAGAAUAAAUUAUUACAGAACUUAUUCAAUUAAAUAUAAAUCCUAAUUAAGAAAUCCGUUAAUAAUUAGAUUAAAAAAUUUAAAGAUUAUUAUCAAUCUAAAAGAAUAAGCAACAUUUGGUUGAUCAAUCUGUUGUUGAAAAUUUCAUUUAAAAUUCAAUUAUUAAAGCCAAUGAAAUAAUAAAGGAAGAAUAAUAAUAAGUUUAAGAUUAAAAUAAUAAACUAUUGAAGAUCUAAUACGAGAAAUCUUAGUAAUAUAUAUAUUAAUUGAAUACCUCCUUUUCUACCCAAAAAUAAAAAUUACAUAGACUCAAUUCUAUUAUUAAUUUUUUAAAUUAAAAAGAUCCUUCAUUUUUAAAAUAAUGCGAAAGUAUAAAUGAUGAAUAUAAUUUAUUGAAUUAAGAUUUUUAUGCUAUUGUGCACAUGUUAAAUAUAUUAUAAACUGAUUAGUUGAAGAUAGAAUUUUUUGAAUAAUGUAAUAAAUAAAUGGAAGAUAUUUCAGAAAAGCUUAGUAAGUUAGAAAAUAAUUUAGUAUUUUUGUUGUAGAGUAUGGAAAAGUAAAAUGAAGAAGAACUUAAAAAUAUUUUGGAUUAAUUUUAAAAUUUUAUUGAGUAAAUAGAAGAUUGGUUAUAAAAAAUAUAAAUGAUUAAUUAGAAAUAGUAAACAGAUUAAUCUGUUCAAUUAAAGGAAACAAUUUAAGAAUUAAAUAUUUAAGAAAAGGUUUUAUUCUAAUUUAAAAUAAAGAUCAAUUAAUUUAUUGAAGAUAUAAAAUUAAAGAAACAUUAAGAUUUCAACAGUUUGUUUUAGGAAAUAAAUUAAGAAUUUAAAAUUUGCCUUUAUAAAUUAGAACUAUUAGACAAUAAUUAUAAUAAAUUUCGUCAAAGAAUGACUUUAAAGCCUAUAAUUUAAUAGUAUGGGGAUGAGGAGAAAUCAAAAACAUAAGCACGAUUAGUAGAGGAUUUUUAAAAUUGUUAGAACAGAACUAAUAAGUUAAAAUAAGAAUUAUCAAACCUAAAGGAUAAAAUCUAAAAAAAUCCAGGAUAUAUAAAUAUUUCUCAAAAAUUAGACUUUAAUUUGCAUCUUUUAAAUAAUUUAUAAUAAAUAAAUUUACAAUAAAUUUAAACUUCUAUUGAUGAAUUUGGAAAGACGUAAUUUUAAAAUAUAGAUUAAUUAAAACUUGAAGAAAGUAAAAUUGGUUUUUAAAUUGAUAUUUCAUCUCAAUAUCUAGAACAACUUUUCAGUAAAAUGAAUGAAAUUAGAAAUUCAAUGAUUGAAUCAAUAGAAAAUUUUUGGAAGGAAAAUUAAAAUUCCUUAACAAAUCUAUUAUUAGGAUUAAAAUAGGAAUUACUUGAUUUAUAAUUAAAAACAGAAGAAUAUGAACUUUUAAAAAAUUUGGAAAAUUCGAAAUAAGAACUUUAAUUAGCUAUAGAAUAAAAUCUAGAAUAAUGUAAAGAAUAGAUGAAAUUCAACUAUCAAUCCUCUCAAUUUUAAGAAUCAUUUAAUUUUAAGAAAAACCUAGAAAAAAUUGAUUAAGCUAAGAAAUUAAUUGAAAUUUUUUAUAAGAAAAAAUAAACAUUUUAUACUUGGGCUCAAGAAUAAUCUAAUAGAAUAAUUUCUAUUCAAAAUGAAUUUUAAAAUUUUGAUUAUUAAAAGUUGGAAGGAUUUUUCAAAAAUUUCAUAAAUACAUAUGAAGAGAUUAAUACAUUAAUAGAAGAUUUAUAAAAAAAGGUUUUAAAUCUAGAACAAUAAAAGAAUAAUUCUUAAAUAAAUUAAUUAAAUUAAUAAUAAGAUGAAUGUAGAAAAAGAAUUUAGGAAUUAUAAAAAUAAAAAUCAUAAAAUAGUGAUUAAUUUUAAAAUCUGAAUUUCUAUAAGAAUUUAAUUUUAAGAAUAAAAUUUUUCGAAGUUCUUUUUUAAUUAAAAUGUCUUCAUGAAAGAUAAUAAAUAUAUUUGAGGAAAUAAAAUAAUUCUCAUAGUAAUUCUACCCUAAAACAGUAGGAAGACUUAAAAUUGCAUACAGAUUGUGUACAGAUAAUAGAUGAUUAUUUUAAAAAUUGUGUUGAAUUAAAAGAUUAAAUGGUAAAAGGGAAAAUGCCUGUUUAAUUAAUUUAUAAUUAUUUAUAAAUAACUGAUGGUAAGAAAACAUGCAAAGAUGAUAAUGAUAAAGGAGAAUCAAAGAUUUUUGAUUAAUAACCUUAAAAUUUAUUAUAAAGAUUGGAAGACAAAUUAUCUAAGUUAAGAGACAAUAUAACUUUGAAGAAUAAAGUGAAGAUAAAAAGUAAAAUACAAUCCUAAGAGUUAAACUCAUUUAAACAAUUUUAAGAUGGAUGUAUUCCUUUAAUGAGUUAAUUAGAAUUCAGUAAACUAUAUAAUACAAAUUCAGUUGAUAAUAAAAAUCGUGAGGUAAAUAAAAUUUAAUGA